UGGAUUUAAAUGCUUUGUUGAGCCUCCGCUUUAAUAGCGGGAUUUAAUCGUUUUAAUUUAUGACUUGUUUAAUCAGUUUAUAAUCGUAAAUAUGUUGUGUCACUUGACCACGAAAAGGGUUUUUAUCUUCAAACAAUUCAUGGCAGCCAGAUAUUUGUCUUUAGUACAAGAGAAAGCUUUUGUAAAUGGCGUGUGGACAGAAGCAAAAUCUGGAACUACAUUUGAUGUAGUAAAUCCGUACAAUCAGUCGAUUGUGGCGAAGGUUCCUGACAUGAGUACUGGUGAUGCAGAAAAAGCAAUUAACUCAGCCUACGAAGCAUUUAGAACAUGGCAGAAUGUGUCAGCAAAGGAAAGGUCUUCCCUCCUUCGAAAAUGGUACCAAGUUGUUGAUAACAAUAAAGAAGAACUAGCCAAGAUUAUUACAGCAGAGUCAGGAAAGCCAUUGAAAGAAGCUCUAAAUGAAGUGUUGUAUGGUAAUUCAUUUAUUGAAUGGUUUUCUGAAGAAGCAAGACGCAUACAUGGUGAAAUCAUAGAAAGUCCAGUUGGCACCAAGGAAAUAAUGGUGGUAAAACAACCAAUAGGAGUUGUUGGAUUAAUAACACCUUGGAAUUUUCCAAUUGCAAUGAUAACCAGAAAAGCUGGAGCUGCACUUGCUGCUGGCUGCACCUGUGUAGUUAAACCUGCAGAAGAUACGCCACUGACAGCCCUUGCAUUAGCUAAGCUGACGGAGGAUGCAGGCUUCCCAAAAGGGCUUUUCAAUGUUGUUACAUGCAGUCGUGACAAUGCACCAGCUGUUGGAAAAUUAAUAUGUGAAAGUCCAAAAGUAGCUGGAAUAUCGUUUACAGGAUCCACCAAUGUGGGAAAGUUGCUCUACAAACAGUGUGCACAAGGAGUGAAAAGAAUUGGACUUGAACUGGGUGGAAAUGCACCAUUCAUUGUCUUUGACAGUGCUGACAUUCAGAAAGCUGUUGGUGGUGCAAUGGCAUCAAAAUUCAGGAACUGUGGCCAGACGUGUGUCAGUGCAAAUCGUUUCUUAGUGCAAGAAAACGUAUUUGAUCAAUUUGUGUCAAUGCUGAAGCAAGAGAUGGUACAGCAACUUCGUCUGGGUGACACCACCAAACCAGAAAACAAUCUUGGUCCACUAAUCAACCAGCCUCAACUAGAAAAGGUUGAGUCAAUAGUGAAAGAUGCACUGCAAAAAGGUGCUAACCUUCAUGUGGGUGGUAAUCGUGCCUCUUCAGUUGGGCCAUUAUUUUAUGAACCAACGCUUUUAACUGGUAUUACUCCUGAUAUGAGGUGCUACAAUGAAGAAAUUUUUGGCCCUGUGGUCACUGUAAUAAAAUUCAAAAGUGAGGAAGAAGCCUUGGACAUAGCUAAUAACACAAAUUCAGGACUGGCAGGAUACUUUUACAGUAGUAACAUGGCCCAGGUACGAAGAGUAGCAAAACAGCUGUGUGUUGGUAUGGUUGGAAUAAAUGAGGGCAUUAUUUCAACAGCUGAAGCUCCAUUUGGAGGUGUCAAAGAAUCUGGAAUUGGUCGGGAAGGUUCUCAUCACGGUAUUGAUGAAUAUACUUUCAUAAAAUAUCUGUGUGUGGGUAAUCUGUGAAAUAUUUUCCCUGUUUUUCUGAAAGAAUUAAUUUUUUCAUUACCAUUAUCAUGUGUUGCCUGGAAAAACGAAAAAAUGAUAUGAGAAAAUUGUAAAAAUAAGGAAAUAUUUUAUUAAUAACUAUGAGCCUUCUGCUUAAAUUGUAUGUGUUGUUGUUGUUGUUGUUAUUAUUAUUAUUAUUAUUAUUAUUAUUAUUAUUAUCACUUGCCCAAGGUGUUACCUGUGCCAAAUAAAUUUAAAAUACAUCCACUGUUAAAGAGUGACAUUAUAUAAAAAGCUGCUGUUGUAAACAAUUUUGUUUUUGUAAAUGAGUUAAUUUGUGUUGUACAGCAAAGCCAACUGUAGACUUGGUCAUUACAGAUAAAUGCAACAACUUGAAGUAUCGCAGAGAGAGAGAGUUAGAGAGAGAGAGAGAGAGAGAGAGAGAGAGAGAGAGAGAGAGAGAGGGGGGGGGUGCUAAUUGGAAGAGGGUAAUUGAAAUAUUGUGACAUUAUUUUGUAUAAAAUAUGAAAUAGAGGAAUGGUGGUGGGAGGAUGAAUUUCUCACCCAAAAGGUAAAAGAAGACUAAAAGCACUAAAUUUUCAUCUUAUGUAAGUAAUUUACAUAAUGUUGCUGUGUUUUUCAUACUGUGAACAGUAAAAUGCUAUACCAACUGUGUAAAAUUUUAGUUUUUGUCACACAAAGCUGGAUAUUGUGAGAAUGAAGGAGCACACAGAAAAAUUAAUUUGCAAUGAAAUUCUGUUUUAGACAAUGUCUGAAUAAGCUUAUGACCAAACAGAACUUUUACACUAAAUGAAAUUGAUGAAUUAGAAACAGUAGUUGAUUACUUUCGAUACAAUAUGCUUUUGCACAUUAUGUUGUGAAUUGGUGCUAACAAAUCAAUAGUAUGAAGUUUUAUUGGAGUUAAUGACUAAUUGUUGUGCUUUCCCUAUAUAUUCAAUUUGCAGGAAAAAUAUUUUAGUAGUCUCAUACAACUCCAGUAUCUUGCAGAUUGAAUUUCAGGAGAAUUAGUCUUGUAAAUAAUGUUUUUGUUAUUGUAGUAUAGGUGCAGGCUUUUGCUAUUGUUAUGUUAGAUUGAAAACAGUAAAUCAGGUUAAAAAUGUGUGCGACUAUUAAUGUGUGACAUAAUUAUUUAACAGCCAGUGAAAUAUAAAAUUCAGCAAUGUCAAAUGCCAUGUACCCAACCAAAUUAUCAUUAUUGUAGUAGUAGUAGUAGUAGUAGUAGUUGUUGUUGUUGUUGUUGUUGUUGUUGUUGUACACUGCUGCAUGGGAAGAAAUCCUGGUGAAUACAGGUGAUGAAGAUUUUCACAUUGCAACAGAAAAUAGUUCCACAGCUAUUUCCAAUGGAACAUUGUGAACAGCAGAGGAGAAAUUUAAAUUUGUGUACUUGUGGGCACGCACCAAUCUGGCUGGAAUCACAGUUAACUUUGCAGUGUAAUAAUCGUUAAUCUUCAUAUUCAGUUCUUGUUUUGGGAAGUAAGGUAUUGUUUCAUAUGCAGUAUGGUCCAGAACCCAUCACUCUUCCAUAGCUCAAGUAAUCACUUUAACGUAAAUGAUGCAUAUUGAUUUAGCCAGUAUGUAAAUUUUUAAUUACUAUCUUUUGUUAACUUGUUCCUGGUGACAGAUUUAGAAAUAUUAAUUAGAAAUGAGUGAUUUGCAAUCAUAAUUUUGUGAAGUGUUAGUUUAGUAAACAGAAUAACUACUUUGUCAUAAACAGCUGACAGGAACAGGACUCAUACAAAUAACUGGAUAAACUUCAUAACCAAUAAUGGCGACCACUGAAUGUUACAUUUUUUUAGAAAAUAAAUAAGCUCAUUACUUUGCAGAUUUGUACUGUAGCACCCAUACAUACGUAUAUUACAUCUCAGUUUGGCACUUCAUAAUGUUUAUACUUAGCUAAUUUUCAUGUUUUGUUGGUUAACAAGCAAACUUUUUUGUAACUUCUUGUAAAAUAAUUGAAUGUGCUACGCAAACUAUUUUAGUCUUAGAUUUGUAGCAGUCUGUAUUUCAUUUUGGGUUUUUACAUAGUAACAUAGGUUUCUGCUUUUAAAAAAAGUGGGCUUUGCCCAUUUAUUGUGUAUUUGUAUACCUUCCUGGUUGCAAAAUAAUGAAAAACGCAGUUAUCGGGCAAAUCAAAGUCUUGUGUGCAGUGUGUGCCAAUUUAUAUGGAUCUUAUGAUUCAUUUGUUCUUUUUUAAACUAACUAGUUCUUUUAUUGUGUAUCAGCUUCCAGUUGCUAUUUUGUUUUAACUUUAAAACAAUCUGGUUUGUUAAUCUCAAAUGUAAAUGCCAUGGGUAUUACAUUUUAUUACUGUACAUUCCACUUUUGGAGAAACUAUUUGUAAAAUAUUAAUUACCCAGUUGAGAUGUUUCUUAUGCGCAGUUCAUGUAAUUUGUGCAGCCGUCUUCCACAACAGUCUUCCAUAAACAAUGUCUUCCAUAUCUGUGAUACAUAGUAUCAUGUGUAAGUUUAGUACAUAAAUGUGAUAGUAUAUAUAGCAAACCAUAUUUUAGUGAGCUUUAAAUAGACAAAGUGUAUAUUUUUAGUUCAUAUUGUAGUAUUAUAUAUGUUUGUGUAAGUACAACAAUGGCUCAAAAUGAUGAACUGUAGUACUAUUGAAUAGUCAUCCUCAAAGAAACAAUUGACUGAAUCAUUUAUCAUCCUAGCACACAACCUAUUUGUAACUCCCCCCUCAAAAAGACAAUAACAUUGCAUUGAAUAAUAGAGCAGCUUAUUGAGAAAAUAAUGAAUACAGUAUGUUGCAUUAUAUGUGUAUGUUGUUUUUAUAGAUGCUGAUAUAAUGCACAGCAUUACAGAGCAGUAAAGAAAUUUUAAAUUUUCA